UGGGCGCUCCGAGCCGCGCUGAACACAUGCCCAGUAUAAAGCUCUGAUGUUCUGAUGGGAAUCAUUUCUUGAUUGAUUUAGUUACCUCCGCGAUGUGCGUAACGAUUAAAAUGUCAGCUCAUCCAUGCGCAUCAGUGUGCGUCGGGGUAAUUCUUUCAAAACAACCAACAUCCUUGAGUUUAUCCGUCAAAAUAAACAGUCUAAUGUAAAUAUCUGUAACCUGCCAUUUAACUGUUUACCUUCUUGUGAAGAUUGUUGCAAAGAGAAACAACUAAACCUGAUUAAACCCAGAGCCACCCGUAUAAGCUGUACUGACUGUAAAUGAGGGGAAAUGAUUUAAUCGGAUCCUUUUCUCUUCAACAUGGUUUAAUGUAAAGUUUCAUUCAGUACAAACUUUAGUUACAUCAGUCUAACGAGACAGAGCCUGGAUUUGUAUUCUGAACAGUUUAAACAUGUUUAAAACGGAGACAUGCGUGACGCGUCUAAAAUUCGCACCUGCUCCGCUAUUAUGGAAAUUAAACUAACAAGAUGAAUAACAUGAACUUAUUUUAGGCACAGACAACAUCCCCCACACUUUUGCAAAGAUUGCAACGCGCCUGGUCGCUCGUGUACGUCAAAGUUAUCUUUCAUAAGCCGAUAAUCAAUAAAACGAUUUAUAUAAAAUGGAUCCAGAAGUUGUAGCUCUGCCUUCAAUUUUUGGUAUUUUUCACCCUGUUGAUGGUUUUACUGAGCAGGUGCCCCUUUUGUCACACGUUUCUUUUUAAAACGCUGCGAGCACAAGCAUGACGCGUCAACCCGGUCACACAGUAAGACCGGGUUGGAACUGUUCAGGUUUACGCAGACAAUCUUUACAUUUAGAAUUGACAUACAGAUGUAAAAUUUAUGCAGUAAAGUAUAAAACAUUUUAUUUAAAUAUCCAUUCAUUAUUUUACAAGCACAGAGAGCCGCAUCAGAUGGAUGGAAGAGCCGCAUGCGGCUCCAGAGCCGCGGGUUGCCGACCCCUGUGCUAGCCUACUUUAUUGUCCCCAGCAGUUUUUAAACCCCACUCAAGUGUAUGGUUAUUGUCCCCAGCUAUUCUGACAACAAACUGACGCCCUUGGUGGUGGCCACCUCCCAUUUAGCCACAAAAACGUGUUAUUGGAGGCUAUGGAAACUCAUUGUCCAAUAUUUAUGAUGAGCGAUACCCUUCUCCGCGAAGCACCGCAGCUAGAGAGGAAGAAGCCAUUGCCUUUUCAAAAUAAGGUAAACAUUUAACGUUUCAUGAUAUUUUAAUUAUUUCAAACUGUGAUUAUGGUUAGCAUAAGUGCUUAAAUGUAGGCUGUAUGUGUCACUUCUUACAUUGUUGUACAGUAGAGUAACGGGUUGCGAUUUGUUGUGGUUGGACUUUUAUGUUGAAGGGCUGUUCUUGGCCGGCUGUGUGCAGAGUUCCGGUUCGGUUGUUUAGAAGAAAACGAGCUAGUGUGAUCGGAGAUCGUUAACGGUGUUUCUGCUGGAGUUAAGACGUGGGCUGCGGCCAACAGUAACCCGGAAUAAAGAUCCGAAACGGAAACAACAAGUUGGAGUCAUUAGCAUCUCUUAGAAAAGGCAACAAAAGUGUGUUUUAUAGGUGUGGUGGCUUUUGUUGAGCCGUGGCGGUGCGACACGAACUAGUUUAGCCCAGCAGAAAGGCCCCGCGGCUGGCUGGACCCAGCUCGACACAGCAGCAGAGCGAACGCUCAGAUGUUGGAGCUUCACGUCACCUACUGAGGAGCACCAGUAAAGAGACGGCGUCUGGACCAGACCAAAGUGUUCAGCAAAUGGUGAAGCAGCCAGCUCCUGAAGAACUGAGGCCUCUUUUGAAGCAGAAGGACAUGGAGCCCCUCGACAUGAAGCAGGAAGAGGAGGAGCAGCUUGAUGAGAUUAAAGCUGAUGCCACCAACAUUUCAUUCUCUGCAGUUUCUCGUCAGUUUAAGGAAGAAGGAAGAGAAGUUCUGUUGUCACAGUUUGAUCAGAACCAACCUAAAGACGCAGAUCUUCCAACCAGCAGCACCACUGACCAGAUGAAAGCAGAAAGUGGUAGAGAGGACUGUGGAGGAGCCAAACGUACCAGGAAUCUAGAUCCAAAACUUUAUAAAGAUGAUUCCAACUCUUCAGAGACUGAAGUCAGCCAAGAUGAAGAUGAUGACCAGGAUGGCAACAAUUCUGAAUGUCAGCUAAAGCCUUUUGCAUGUAAGCUCUGUGGGAAACGAUUUAGUGUGAAGUCAACUUUAACAAGACACAAGAGUAUCCACACAGGACAGAAGCUUUUUGCCUGUGAGCUCUGUGGGAAAAGAUUUUCCCAAAAGGGAAGCUUGAAGAGACACAUGGGAGUCCACACAGGACAGAAGCCUUUUGCUUGUGAGCUCUGUGGACAAGGAUUUAGUCAUAAGUUCAAUUUAAACAGUCACAUGGGCGUCCACACAGAACAGAAGUCUUUUGCUUGUGAGCUCUGUGGGCAAAAAUAUAAACAUAAGAGUAAUUAUGACAGACACAAAAAAGUCCACACAGGACAGGAUAUAUGUGCUUGUGAGCUCUGUGGACAAAGAUUUGUCCGAGCAGAACAUUUAGACAGACACAUGAGUGUCCAUACAGGACAGAAGCCUUUUGUUUGUGAGCUCUGUGGACAAAGAUUUAUCCGAAAGGACCAUUUAGACGUUCACAUGAGAGUCCAUACAGGACAGAAGCCUUUUGUUUGUGAGCUCUGUGGACAAAGAUUCACACAAAAGGCAAAUUUAUGUACACACACGAGAGUCCACACAGGACAGAAGCCUUUGCCUGUGAGCUCUGUGGACAGAGAUUUAGUGUAAAGUCAAGUUUAAACAGUCACAUGAGAGUCCACACAACACACAAAGCAUCAGUUUAACUCCAAUGAUUAUUAUUGUAAUUCUCACGUCUUUAAUGUUUAGUUUAGUUGUUAGUCAGUGGUUUCAGGUUUGGUUGGUCAACACAGUCCUCCCAGACCUCCUCCAAGUCAAACUGUCCCAUAUGAACGUGCCUGACCCAAUUCUGACGGACAGGAAGCAGAAAAUGAGGCUGGGGAAGAAUGACUCUGACCUGCAGACCAUCAGCACCAGUUCUCCUCAGGGCUGUGUUCUCUCCUCUCUGCUCUUCUUCCUGUACACCAACGGCUGCACUCCAACCACGAGUCUGUCAAGCUUGUCACGUUUGCGGACAACCCCACCGUCAUCGGGGAUGAGUCUGCCUACAGAAGGAGGUGGAACGGCUGGUGUCCUGGUGCAGCCACAACAACCUGGUGCUAAACACCCAGUCCACGAUGGUGGACUCUUGUCACUUCCUGGGAGCCACCAUCACCCAGGACCUUAAGUUGGAGCCCACCAUCACCUCCAUCGUAAAAAGGCCCUGCAGAGGAUGAACUUCCCAAGGCAGCUGAAGAAAUUCAACCUGUCAGUACAGUCGAUGAGGCGGUUCUACACCGCAGUCAUCGAGUCCAUCCUCACCUCUUCCAUCACCGCUGGAGCUACCGUCAGGGACAAGAUGAGACUGCAGCGUGGCGUCCGCUCUGCUGAGAAGGUCAUUGGCUGCCAACUCCCCUCCAUACAGGACCUGUACACCUCUGGGACAUUGAAGCGUGCAGAUGGGAUAACAGCUGACCCGUCUCACCCUGGACACAGUCUCUUCGACUUGCUCCCAUCUGGCAGGCGGUUCCGAGAGAUUUGGAUCAGAACCUCUCGCCACAAAAACAGUUUAUUCCGCUCUGCGGUCAGACUCAGGAAUGACAAUCGUAGACCUGCCCACUCCAGAUUGUUUCACCUCAUGCCCCUCUUAUGCCAGUUUAGACAAGGUCUGACUGUAACUACUUUCUAGCAUUCUUUGAGAAUAAAAUCAGAAAAAUCAGGGCAAGUUUUUCACCCCCAUCUACAUCCUAACCCCCAUCCAACCCCCUCCCUCUCAAUCAUGGUCCUUCUUUACUCCUUUAGAUUUCCAGGACAUUUUCCUCAGUCAGAAACACAUGAAACCAACCUCAUGCCCUGUUGAUUUCCAUCCUACUAUCUUAUUCAUCAGGAUGUUUGACCAGACUGACCCAUGCAUUGUAAAUUUUAUUAAUUUAUCCCUAAAAUCUGGCUCUUGUAACGUGACGGAGGAGCCAUUCCACCGAAGGUUAUUUACCCUCUCUCCACAGAUGCCUCUGACACAGAACUAAGCUGCAGGAGACUGCCUCAAGGUCAUGCAUUCGCUUCUUAACUGCUUCCUUUCCAGCCCAAGAGAAUAAUGAAGACAAAGGACUCUUUCCUUUUAAUAAAUCAAAGAACUCUAUUUUUAAUAAAGCUAAUCAAAGUGUUAGUCAAUAAUAUAAUGUUGACAGAUCUGUUAAAUGACAAUGUUAUGAUUAAUAUGCUGUAAUAAGUAAUAUGACUUUAAUCUAGCUGCACUAGACAUGCUGAUCACACGUAAUGUAAACGCAUGACACAUUGCUGUUACUCAUCCAAUCAGAACCUUCCUUUCUGAAGCGUGGCAUAGUCUCUGUGGUGUUUAUAGAUCUGUCCCAACUUUGAUUCGACCAGAAAUCAAAACAUCCAGAUUAAUAAAACCAGUCCCCACGCCAUCUUAGGGCAGUUCACCACAUGCUAAGCGUAGUAUCGGACCGGCCACCCGGACUUCCUUUUUAAAGCAAAGAACCAACAAGCUGGAUAAAAUCUGUUGCAUUUUACCAACCAAGCAGUGGUUCCUUUCAGAAUAAAAGCUGAACUCACUGACCCUCCGGGUCCAUCUGACGCUGUCAACCAACUGUUGCUUUUUACCUGGAGACAAUCCAAAGACUAGUCUGUCGUACUGCUGACGCUGUUUCAUUGGCUCCGGUGCCAAAGGGGGGUCCGAGGACCUGGCAUUCUGGAUCUGUACGGAGGUCUCAUCCUAAGGGUAUGUCUGUAUUAGGGUUGUCACGGUGUGAAAAUGUAACCUCACGGUUAUUGUGACCAAAAUUACCACGGUUUUCGGUAUUAUCACGGUAUUUUUUUUAACGUGCUACAUUUUCACACAAUUAAAUAUGUCAGGAAAUAUUGUCCUCAGUUUGUGUCUAAAUUUUGCCUAAAACGUGUUAUUUUGUAAUUAUGUUGUUUAUUUGUUUACAUUUUUCCCUUUAGUCUUUAAAAUAGCAAUAUUUGCCCAUAACUUCUUAUUUUAUGUCUGUUUGAUGUCAUCAUUUUAAAAAUAUUAGAUCAGAUGAUACUCAGUACUCAAGUAGCCUUCUAAUCAGAUACUUUUUUACCCUUACUUGAGUAAUAAACCCUAUAUCAGGAAAAUAUUGUCCUCGGUUUGUGUCCUUCCAGUGAGCUUUGCAGAUGUGGGAAAAUGUCAUCAGGCAGUAAUCGUUGUUAAAUUCAUAAUUAUUCUCGGAGAGAGACCAACUCUUAUCUGCCCCUGGGAGCCCCGUAAUGCAUAGCGUCAUUUCAACAUGGCGGUGUCCGCGACACGGUUUAUAUGCAGGUAGCGGCGCUGCGGCUGCUUUAUAUAGCCACUCGUUGCAUUCUCCCUCAACCCAAAUCCUCGGAUCACGCAUUUUAGCUAAAACGCUAAUGUUAGCUUGCCUUGCGUUGACUGUAGAGUUGUGGGUGAUGGUCACGCAGAUGUGUCAUGAGAUUUGAAGCGUUGCUGCCUUUCACAGACACUUUUUCUGCACGUGCUGCAAACAGGAUAGCCGUCUUCUAUCAACUGUCUCUCGGAUAUCCAAAAGAUACCCGUACUUCCCACUUUGUCUUCUUUGAGGGAUAAUAAAUGUCCUGAGCGCUGCCGUCUCCUCCUUUGGCCAUUAUUUCAGCUUUAGCUUCAAGAAAGUUUUGGUUGUAAACAACAAAGAGCGCAUGUGCCGCCGGCAAUUUCAGCAGAUGAUACGGUGGCUGGUAAGGGUCACCGCGCCUACACCGCAGCCACGGUAAACCCACCGAGAUAAUUUUUUUUUUUUUAUCAAGACUGUUAUUAUUGUCAACUUUUUUACCGCUACACCGGUUACCGUGACAACCCUAGUGUGGAGCGACAAGAUGGCAUCUCAUGUGUUUAUGAAACGCCAAUCAUAGCAAAAGCAAAACAUCACAACAUCAUUCAGGCUUGCUUCUCCGGAUACGAGAGUUCUGAUGACAACAUCACUCACACAUACACCAUUCAUCUCACGUCUCAUUCACACCAAGAUCCAUUCAUCACUUAGAGUUUAGAGUUAGUCUUGUUUAAAAUUGUUUAAAUUGUUAAGAAAUAAAUCUUAAACAUUUUAAAUGUGACUUUCUUCUCUUGUCUCUGACUUAAUACAAUUGUUACAUAAUCCCUGUAAUAAAAAGUCCCAAUCUUCUGGUUAAAAUAACCCAACUGUCCGUAAGAUUGAUUUCAUAUUUACUAUGAAAUCUUAUGUCUUACGGGUCCUUAAUUAGAUGUAAAUUAACUCUUUUACACUCUGUACCAUCUGUUUUCAAACAUGCAGUUGUUGAACCUGUCCAUAAAAAAACCCAAGUUUGGACUCAUCUCAGCCUAAAAGCUACGGACCCAUUUCUAAAUUACCCUUUACCUCAAAUACUGGAAAAGGUUGUGGCAGAUCAGCUGAUUACUUUUCUGGAACUACACGACAGCUUUGAUAAAUUCCAGUCGGGUUUUCGUAAAAAGCAUUCAACAGAAACAGCUUGCUUAAAGUUUCCAGUGACAUCAUGAUGGCUGCAGACAACGGGGAGUUCACAGUGUUAGUAUUAUUAGAUCUUCAAAUUCAAUUCAAAAAUACUUUAUUAAUCCCAGAGGGAAAUUAGUGUUUCAGUACACACAAUUUGGAGAUUAAACAUAUGUAGGCAAAGACACAUGACAAGAACUGGUGACUGUGGUCAUUCGCAACCCUGAGUCGCGAUACCUUAAUAGAGAUCAGAGGGAUUACAUGAGGAUCUUUCUGCAGCUUCUGACACUGUUGAUCACAGCACCUUAACUAAGUGUCUCGAUGGGGAUCUCUGGAACUGUUCUACACUGGUUUAGAUUGUACCUUUCUAACAGAAGUUACAGUGUCUGUAGAAACCAAAUAAUGUCAGAUUCUACCCAUCUGUUCUGCGGGGUACCCCGCUUUACAUUCUUUUCUGCUGUACGUACACCCUCUUGGACAUAUACUUGAUUCUUUUCAUAAUGUCUCUUAUCACCUAUAUGCAGAUGACAUUCAUCUGUAUUGCUCCUUUAAGGAUACUGAGUUCUAUAAACUGUCUGAAUUACUAGAGUGUAUCAGCGAUCACCAGCUGGCUAGAAGAUGACUUCCUCCGGUUAUUGGGGUUUAUAUGGGGUUUUAUACUGUUGAUCUAAAGUGGAAUUACCCUGUGGAAACAGCAAUUUGCUAUUUUAAGAGCAUUUUGAAAUCACUGAAAAUUAGGUCAAUUGUCAACAAUUUAAAAAGGCCUUUAUUUUGGAAGGCAACACCAGAAUGACUUGAUAUUGAUAUGGUAUCACUGUGGGGUUGUAUACUGUUGAUCUAAAGUGGAAUUACCCUGUGGAAACAGCUAUUUUCCAUUUUAGAGCAUUUUCAAAUCACUAAAAGUUUGGUCGUAUAUGGGCAAUUUAAAAUGGCCUUUAUUUUGGAAGGCAACAUCAGAAUGACUUGAUAUUGAUAUGGUUUCACUGUGGGGUUGUAUACUGUUGACUUAAAGUGGAAAUACCCUGUGGAAACAGCAAUUUGCUAUUUUCGAGCUUUUGAAAACGUUAAAGGUAGGUCAGUUAUGGACAAUUUGAAAGGCCUUUAUUUUGGAAGGCAACAUCAGAAUGACUUGAUAUUGAUAUGGUAUUACUGUGGGGUUGUAUACAGUUGAUCUAACGUGGAAAUACCCUGUGGAACCAGCAAUUUUCCAUUUUAAAGCAUUUUGAAAUCACUGAAAAUUAGGUCAAUUGUGGACAAUUUAAAAAGGCCUUUAUUUUGGAAGGCAACAUCAGAAUAACUUGAUAUUGAUAUGGUAUCACUGUGGGGAUUUAUACUGUUUAUCUAAAGUGGAAUUACCCUGUGGAAACAGCAAUUUUCCAUUUUAGAGCAUUUUGAAAUUGUUAAGAGUCAGUCAAAUAUGGGCAAUUUCAAAUUGCUGUGGUUUGAUAGUGUUGAUACAAAAUGCAACUGCUCUUUGGAAAUAUGACUUUUGCUUUUAAGAGCAUUCUGAAGUCAUUGAUAGAGUAGUUCAAAAAUGAAAAUUCACAGGGCUUUUACUUUGAAAUCCAAAAUAAGAUGGCCUUGAUAUUGACAGGCCGCUAAUAGUGAACAAGCCUAAAUUAUUUGUUAUUAUGUUCUUAAAAUAUCUGAUAAUUCACUCGAAGUUUACUUUUAUUUUGAAAUCCGGUUUCCACAUCCCUUUCCGUAAUACUUUGAAUCGACGGGGAACCGACAAUAAACUGGAGGCUGGCUUGACACAGGUAAAAGCAGGUGAUGGGUCAGAAAAGCUUUUCUCUAGACCGUCUACAGGUGGUUCAGAACGCCUGUGCUCGGCUUCUGACCAAGUCCUCCAAACACACCCACAUCACCCCGCUUCUCCUCCAGCUUCACUGGCUGCCAGUCAACUUCAGGGUUCAUUUCAAGAUCCUGGUUCUGGUCUAUAGGGCCUUACAUGGACAAGCACCAUCUUACAUUGGUGAUCUUCUUAGUCCCUACACCCCCAGCAGGUCCCUGAGGUCCAGGGUUAGGGCUAGACCAAAGGUAACAGAUCGUCUGCUGCUGUGGCCCCCAGACUCUGGACCUCUCUCCCCCUGAGCCUGAGAUCAGUGGACUCAGUGGUCUCCUUUAAAAAGUAGCUGAAGACUCACCUGUUCAGGCUUUUGCGUGACCUUCAUCACCAUUCUCCCCUUGAUGUUUUCUGAUUCAGUUCUGAUGUCACCAACAUUAAGCAACAAUACUACUGUUAUAUGUGUUAUAAUGCUUGCUUAGUAUGAGGAUUGCUGUAAAGUCCCUGACUAGUGUCAGUGACUCGAUGCAACCUGCUGGGUUCCUUAUAUAGGAAACUUUUCUGAUUGGCUUAAUGAACUGACCUGUAUUGGAAUGUUUAUCUUGUGAAGGGCCUUGAGACGACUCUUGUCGUGAUUUGGCGCUUUAGAAAUAAACUUGACUUGUGUGAAUAUAAAGUUACAGCGCUUAGUAAUUCACAUAAUGUGUUUCCAACAGAUGUUCAACCGAUGGUGCUGGUUAAAGAAGCUCCUGAAGAACAGAGUGCUAGUGAGGACCAGCAGGACCCAGAACACUUCCACAUAAAGGAGGAACAGGACGAACUUAGGACCAAUCAGGAGACGGAUGCUGCCAGGUUUCCAUUCACUGUAGUUACUAUAAAGAGUGAGGAUGAUGAAGAGAAACCUCUGUUCUCACAGCUUCAUCAGCAGCAAUUGGAGGACAGAGAUGUUCCAACCAGCAGCUCAGCUGACCAGAAGACAGCAGAAACUAGAAAGUACUCAAAUCUUUUCCCUCAUGAACAGACAUCUGAUUCUUCAGAGAUGGAAGUUAGUAGAGAUGAUGAAGAGGAUGAUGAAGUGAACAUAGACUCUGAGCUGUCUGACACUGGAGACAGAGUCAAUGACUGCAACAAGAGCAGGUCUUCUGAGUCAGAUGUUAAGUCUGUCAACAAAUCCUUUAGCUGCCCUGAGUGUGGUAAACUAUUUCUCCACAAGAGUUCUCUCCAGAAACACGUUGGAGUGACGGGACAUACGGCAAAAAGGUCUUCUUACUGUCAGGUUAUUAGAAAAUGUGUUGGAGUGAAGAAACAAGUGCACUCGUGCAGAAAAGUCCAGAAAGGACUAAAAUCAUAUUGUUGUGACGACUGUGGAAAAAGAUUUAGGGGAAUAUCAAGUUUAAACAGGCACAUGAGAGUCCACACCGGAGAUAAGCCUUUUGCCUGUGAACUCUGUAGACAAAGGUUUAAUCGUAAGGCAAGUUUAAACAGUCACAUGAGAGUCCACACAGGACAGAAGCCUUUUGCUUGUGAGCUAUGUGUACAGAGAUUUAGUCAUAAGACAAGUUUAAACAUUCACAUGAGAGUCCACACUGGAGAUAAGCCUUUUGCCUGUGAGCUCUGUGGACAAAGAUUUAGUCAUAAGGCACAUUUAAAUAAUCACAUGAGAGUCCACACUGGAGAAAAGCCUUUUACCUGUGAGCUCUGUGGACAAAGAUUUAGUCAUAAGGCACAUUUAAACAAUCAUAUGACAGUCCACACCGGAGAGAAACAUUUUGCUUGUGAGCUCUGUGAACAAAGAUUUAGUCAUAAGCCAAGUUUAAACAUUCACAUGAGAGUCCACACUGGAGAUAAGCCUUUUGCCUGUGAGCUCUGUGGACAAAGAUUUAGUCAUAAGGCACAUUUAAAUAAUCACAUGAGAGUCCACACUGGAGAAAAGCCUUUUACCUGUGAGCUCUGUGGACAAAGAUUUAGUCAUAAGGCACAUUUAAACAAUCAUAUGACAGUCCACACCGGAGAGAAACAUUUUGCUUGUGAGCUCUGUGAACAAAGAUUUAGUCAUAAGCCAAGUUUAAACAUUCACCUGAGAGUCCACACUGGAGAAAAGCCUUUUACCUGUGAGCUCUGUGGACAAAGAUUUAGUCAUAAGGCACAUUUAAACAAUCAUAUGACAGUCCACACCGGAGAGAAGCCUUUUGCUUGUGGGCUCUGUGAACAAAGAUUUAAUCGAAAGACUAAUUUAAACAGACACAUGAGAGUCCACACAGGACAGAAGCCUUUUGCUUGUGAGCUAUGUGAACAGAGAUUUAGUCAUAAGACAAGUUUAAACAUUCAUAUGAGAAUCCACACAGGACAGAAGCCUUUUACCUGUGAGCUUUGUGGAAAAAGAUUUAGUCAUAAGACGCAUUUUAACACACACAUGAGAGGCCACACAGGACAGAAGCCUUUUGCCUGUGAGCUCUGUGGAAAACGAUUUAGUCAUAAGACACAUUUUAACACACACAUGAGAGUCCACACAGGACAGAAGCCUUUUGCCUGUGAGCUCUGUGGAAAAAGGUUUAGCCAAAAACCAAAUUUAAACCGUCACAUGAGAGUCCACAAAGGACAGAAGCCUUUUACCUGUGCGCUCUGUGGAAAAAGAUUUAGUCAUAAAGCAAAUUUAAACAGUCACAUGGGAGUCCACACAGGUCAGAAGCCUUUUGCCUGUGAACUUUGUGGACAAAAAUUUGGUUUUAAAACCAAUCUAACCCGUCAUGUUAGAGUCCACACAGGACAGAAGUCUUUUAUCUGUGAGCUCUGUGGACAGAAAUUUUGUGGUAAGACAAAUCUAAACCGUCACAUGAGACUCCACACAGGAAAUAAUAAUUUUGACUGUUAGCUAUGUUGGAAAAAUAUUUAGCUGAAAAACAAUUUGAAACCAUCCCAUUAAGGUAGUUUUCCAGGAACACUACUCAGAAUAACUCGGGCGGAUGCAGCUCAGCCCGACCACUGUUCCUAAGGGCACGGUUCAGUAUUUUCCCUCUACUUUCUACCUUAUACCAUACCAUACUUAUUUUUAGUCCCUUCUCCGAUGAGGUACCUAGCAAGACUGAGUCAGGCCGACAUUGUGAUUCUGGCCACUGAUUGGCUAGGGGGUGAAGUCACUGGUUGCUCCGGAGUUUUUUGCCUUCUGUUUCACUGCCUGCAGCCAUUUCCUUGUUCAGAAUCUGACAAAUAGCCAUUAAACUGAGCAAAAUGUCCAGCAACACCAUCGUUUUUCUGCUGAGUUGUUUCUGUGGAGCAUGCAAGUUACACUAAUCAGGGGAACCAUGCUCUCAGGGGCAAUGAUCACACAUUCAGUCUUUUCAGAGUUUAACUGGAGGAAGUUCUCUUCUAGCCAGGUGGUGAUAGCUGAUAGACACUCUAGUAAUUCAGACAGUUUAUAGAAGUCAGAUUCCUUAAAGCAGCAGUACAGCUGAAUAUCAUCUGCAUAUAGGUCAUGAGAGACAUUAGGAAAAGAAUCCGUUAUCUGUCCAAGAAGGUGUAUGUACAGUAGUGUAACGUGUAGCAAUGGGCAGUUUAUGUACAGUCUGUUCUUUCAACAUCUGGUCAGAAAGGAGACACAACACUGCAUGUGUUCCCUUUAAAGGAGCCUGCCUUUGUACCAGCUGGGAUUCACAGACUCUGCAGCUCUGAAAGAUAAACAAUAACUUUCUUUCCCAAGGUCCCAUCUGUCUGCCUCCACAGAAGGAACAACUCCAGCUCGAAUUAUGUUUAUUAUGUUUGUUUAUUCGGCAGACGCUUUUAUCCAAAGCGACUUACAAUUUAUAACCUAUAGGGCAUGUUGUGAUCUGUGGGGGAAACCGGAGUACCCGGAGGAAACCCACGCAUGCACGGGGAGAACACGCAACUCCACGCAGAAAGGCCGCAGCCGAGUUUUGAACCUGCGACCUUUGUGCUGCGAGGCAACAGUGCUAACCACUGCGCCACCAUGCAGCCCAUCCAAGACAAGCUGGAUAAUAAUCUGUUGCUAAAUUCGAGAAUGAUUUCCUAAAUCAAUAUGAACUACUUCCAUGACUUAUAAUCUAUAUAAUCAUUAAAUAAACUUUUGUUUAUUACUACUUGUAAUAAUUAUACUAUAAUGAAAUGCUUCAUUAAUCUGUGCUCACUGACUGGUUGUUAUGUUAUGCUAGUCUACUAGAACCUGCCAUGUGUUCAUGUUUAGACGACGAGGUCCUCACAUCUGCACUCACGCAAUAACAAGUAAGGUUAAGUUAAACUUCAACACAUGGUAUUAAACCAGUCAGAACAUCCUGUAUCAAGAAGGCGUGUUUCUGAGUUGUCUUGGUAACGUCUCUCAAACUUGUCAGCCUCUGAUUGGCUGUGCAAAUCAUAACAUCAAAACCUUAAAACUGGAUCAUCCUGAGUGAGUCAACAGUUCUAGAGAAUCGCUUCAGGCCGGCCAUCUGUAGCAAAACCUUUUUAACCAUCAAAGAUUUUGACACGUCGUCAAAACCUAUCUGCACCUGCAAAGCUGAUGAGCGAACAGUUCCUGCAGAACAAACCUGAUAUCGUUAGACUCCUUAAGAGUCCGCCAGACGCACGGUUCCAUCCAGCUGUUGUGGCCCGAGACAUCUCUGGACUGAAGAGAAGGUACCACAGUAUUCUACCGCCCUCCGGUGCCAGCGGUCAGCCGACCCCUGCUACUUUCGGAUCCACCAAGAGGGUCUCUCAAAAUCGGGUGAAGUAGACAUGACAGAUAGCGUCUGAUGUUCUUCUGAUGAUAAUAACUUUAUAGCUUAGAGCAAACCAAACUCUUUUCACCAGAACUCAGCUUACUUUGAUAAGGAAGCUCUGACUGACAUCGCAUUCACACAUAGGUUCCUUCAUCACGUUUAGUUACAUCCACUCACAGUAAAUACUUAAUUAGUCAUGUUUUAAUUGUUUGCAAAAUAAAUUCUUUCUUUUAUAAACCUGCCUCUUUCUUGAAGUAACACGAAGUCUGGUGGAUCACUGAAAAAGCAAAUAACCUAGAUCUUCUGAAUUAAAACCUAGAAUCUUCUA